CUAGGCUUUGGAAUGCUACACUGCUUUGCAAGAAGAAACUUGCUAGAGGAAAGGGGAUCUAAAGUGGUACAGCUGCAUACAGGAAGCUGAAUCUGAGUGGAAAUCCAUUGGCUUGAAGGUGAGGAUCAUACAAGAGGUGGUCAAGGAAGAGAGGGAGGAAUGGAAGUGCAUUGUGGGAGUCUGCUGUAGUUGGUGAGAGGCUUGGAAGAAAUGGCCAUGUUCCUAAUGCAUGUGGCAUGAAUGAGAUUGGUGGGCGUGAGUGACCAACGGUCAAUGGAAGUCAUUCAGGGAUUGAAGAGAAUCCUGAUAACACUCGUGUGUUGGGAGAGGGCUGAAGGAAGCCAGACCAGUACCUGCACUCGCUGAGUUCUUGGGACCUCUUUGGCCAACCUUCUGCAUUUAAAUUGGUUGAACGGUGUGCCUACUGUCCGGGAGUCAGCUACCUAAGAUUUCAACAAUGUCUCAUCCAUCUUGGCUGCCACCCAAAAGCACUGGUGAGCCUCUUGGCCAUGUCCCUGCACGGAUGGAGACCACCCAUUCUUUUGGGACUCCUAGUAUUUCGGUGUCUAUGCAGCAACCACCCAAGAAGUUUGCACCAGUGGUGGCCCCAAAACCCAAGUACAACCCAUACAAGCAACCUGGAAGUGAGGGUGAUUUUCUUCCACCUCCUCCUCCCCCUCUAGAUGAUCACAUUGCCCUUCCAUCUGGUUCUGGAAACUUCCCCCCUCCACCACCCCUGGAUGAAAGUGCUUUUAAAGUACAGGGAAAUCCAGGAGGCAAGACCCUGGAGGAGAGACGCUCUAGUUUGGAUGCUGAGAUUGACUCCUUGACCAGUAUCUUAGCUGACCUGGAAUGCAGCUCCCCCUACAAACCUCGCCCCCAACAGGGGUCAACCAGUUCAACAGUCUCUCCACCAGUUUCUACUCCUGUCACAGGACACAAGAGAAUGGUCAUCCCAAACCAACCCCCUCUAACAGCAACCAAAAAGUCUACAAUGAAGCCACAGCCUGCACCCCAAACUGCACCCAUCCCUGUGACUCCAAUAGGAACACUGAAGCCCCAGCCUCAGCCAGUUCCGGCAUCCUAUACCACAGCAUCCACACCUUCAAGGCCCACCUUCAAUGUGCAGGUGAAAUCAGCCCAGCCCAGCCCUCAUUACAUGGCUGGCCCUUCAUCAGGACAGAUGUAUGGCCCAGGGCUCCAAGCCUAUAAUACUCAGCCAGUUCCUAUGUCAGCACAGGGCCCACCUCCUUCAACCCGGGCUGGUAUUGAUUAUGCAUAUAUUCCACCACCUGAGCCUGCCUAUGGGUAUGCCCCUAACCAAGGCCGCCAUUAUGAGUCCUAUUAUGCAGCAGCUCCUGGUUAUGGGGGAAGAAAUGACUCUGACCCUGGCUAUGGUCAACAAGGCCAUCCUAAUACCUGGAAGCAAGAACCCAGGUACAAUCCUCCCGGAGUGGGGAACCAGAAUCCUGUUGGGAUGUACCCAGCUACAGGUGUCAAAAAGACCUACAUCACGGAUCCUGUUUCAGCCCCCUGUGCGCCGCCAGUGCAGCCAAAGGGUGGACACACAGGGCCUAUGGGGCCUCCAUCAUUCCGCCCUGAAGAUGAACUUGAGCACCUGACCAAAAAGAUGCUGUAUGACAUGGAAAAUCCACCUUCUGAUGAAUACUUCGGCCGCUGUGCUCGCUGUGGGGAAAAUGUGGUUGGGGAAGGUACAGGAUGCACUGCCAUGGAUCAGGUCUUCCAUGUGGACUGUUUCACUUGCAUCAUCUGCAGCAACAAGCUCCGAGGGCAGCCCUUCUAUGCGGUGGAGAAGAAAGCCUACUGCGAGCCCUGCUACAUUAAUACUCUGGAGCAGUGCAACGUGUGUUCCAAGCCCAUCAUGGAACGGAUUCUCCGUGCCACUGGGAAGGCCUAUCAUCCUCACUGUUUCACCUGUGUGAUGUGCCACCGCAGCCUGGAUGGCAUCCCAUUCACCGUGGACGCUGGUGGGCUCAUUCACUGCAUUGAGGACUUCCACAAGAAAUUUGCACCUCGAUGUUCUGUGUGCAAGGAGCCAAUCAUGCCAGCCCCAGGCCAGGAGGAGACUGUUCGCAUUGUGGCUCUGGACCGUGAUUUCCAUGUGCACUGCUACCGCUGUGAGGAUUGUGGUGGUCUUCUGUCUGAAGGAGACAAUCAAGGUUGCUACCCCUUGGAUGGACACAUCCUCUGCAAGACCUGCAACUCUACUCGUAUCAGGGUGCUAACAGCCAAGGCGAGCACUGACCUGUAGAUCCAGCAGCUUGCUUUCACUGCUAACUGCACAGCAGCACCGAGAAGAAUGAAACACACACAAAGGGAAGGAAUAGGAAAAGUAGAGGCAAGGCAAUCAAGCUUUGUUCUUCAUCUGAUGUUAACCUUUCUUUAGAAACACAUAGAUUAUGAGUUGGUUUUUUGUCCUUUUAAGUUCUUAUCAAAUACACACUUCACAAGUGAUCAUGUAAGGCCUCCAUAGGCCUUUGUUCUAAAGACUUUCACAUUUUUGCACGGAUUAUACUGUCUCAUUCACUUCUGCAUUCCUCUAACUUUAAUCCCCAUGUUUUUCUCGCUUUUCUUCUGGUUGAAUAGUUUUUUUUUUUUAAUGUGGUAUUUGCUGUCACAUGAUUUUUUUUUUCCUCCCUGGGUGAAUGUUCCAACUCACAGGUGCUCAUAGCUUGCAGUCUGAUCCCAAUAUUCCUGACUGCUUGUGGCUUUAGGGUUGGUUAGCCAUUCUGUUGCUCUGUAUUGAAAAGUAUAUUUUCCUGUUGCUCUCUACCACGCAUGUGCCAUAAAGGAAAAAAACAAUGUACAUUCUUCCAUGUUCGGCUACAAAAAUUUGUUAUAAAGUACAAUACAUUCAAAUAAGCUCCAAUUUGAAUUACAUCAAUCCAAAUUCAAAAAUCUAUGCUGAUCCAUGGCUAAAUCUCAUCAGAAAAUAGUAUGGGUCCAUAAUUAAUAGUUGGUGAUUGAGAACCAAGCUUUAGUUGUUUUCUAAAAAUGAUUACUGGGUGGGAUAUGCUACACAAAGCAUUUUAAGGCUGCGUGGGGAAAAAUGCAUUAUUAUCCUUUGUUCUGUCUUUAGAUUUACCUUUCCAAAUGACUUGGACAUAUGUAGACAGAUUUGCUUUUGUAACAUUUUCAGUACUGUCCCACUUUCCAGCUUAGAACUAUCUAUAACAUAAAAUCGUAUUUUAUAUGUGUUUUCUUUCCUAGUAGUCAAAACACAAUUAAGAAUAUUGACUUUCUCUAGAGGAAUUUACCUAUUAAAAAUAGCUAAAAUUCCUUCUUUUUGCUCUUUUCUCUUUUUCAACUCCCCAGACACAAGUCUUUUUUGCCUUACUUUUGCAAAUCAAGGCACACAAAAUGAAGUUGUGUAGCUUUGUUGCAUUUACUUUAAAAAGAAAGAAAUGGUUUCAAGAUUGUGAAACCACAGUUUUAUUAUUCUCCUAAUCCUUCUUGCAACUUGAAUUACAUAUUGCAGGAGACAUUUUCAUAUCAUUAGUGUGACAUUUAUACCACACUUUCAAAGACAAUCACUGUAAAAAAAAAUCCUUUCUGUGCUAAAAAUAUGCAGAAUCUCUGCCUAGAAUCUGUAUUCAAACUCUUAUUAGCCAGUGAAACACUUGCUUGCCAAUUGCAGAUCCAAAUUAAGUUCUAGCAUGUUUCACUUGAGAGAUACCUAGCUUAGCAAUGGCAAGUUGCCAUUUUUUUAAACUAAUUAAGUAUUUGGGAGUUGAGUUUUUUUUAAGUUUUCUUUUAAAAUUCCACAGGCAGGUAUAUACUUUUAAGUUAUGGAGUACUUUAAAUAUACAAAAAAAUAUAAAUACAAAUAAUAUAAUGAAUUCCUCUAUACCUAACAUCAAGUUUAAGAAAUACAGUCACAUUUAAUGAGUAUCCCUCCCUAAUUUCACAAACCUUUUUAUGCCUGAUGAUGCAGAGGAUUUUUCUGGUCUGAAUUUUUUUUUUAAAUUUUAACAACCAAAACAGAAAUGAAAACUUAUUUGUACAUGUUUUAAAUUGCAACUCGUGCCUUAGAAAUUCUAGUUGAAUGUAGGAAUCAUCAUAUACAUGAUUUAAGAAAAAAAAAAAAGAAUAAGAAAACCUUAAGCCCAUAGCAUCACAGUUCAUCUAACUCAAUCUAUGGCGUAUUUGCUUUUGUUCAACAAUUGUGUGUAAAACCAACAAAGUCAUGAAUUUCAACAGCUCUCUUUCACCACUGUCCUGCUCUUAUUGUUGAUCUUAUAUUUCUCAUAAUGUGAAAUAGAAUGAUAUUCAUAUAGGGGCAGUAUGUGAAUUUCAGGAUACAGUGGACACUGUGUUUCUGAAUUCCUGUGUUUCAGAUCAAAAAAGUCACACUAUGCAAAUUCCCUUCAAAGAGCACUGACUGCUAGUAUAAUAUAAUCCUCUUAUAUUGAUUUAUUAAUAUGUUUACUAUGAAAUACUUUGUGGGGAAAUAUAUUUAGGCCAAAAUUAGGAUGGAGUUUAUGGAGGGUUAUGUUUUAUUGCUGGAAAUACAAUCAUUUAUUCCUAUAAAUUAUUCCAACAAAAAAAGAUUGAAGUAUUCACACUAUAAAAAUGCAAUGCCAUCCUACUUGUUUGUUAAGUUUAGAUCUGUAUGCAACCAAAUGUUUACAUAAAAGAAAAAGUUUUUUUUUAAAAAAGUGCUGUCACAAGCCCAUCCUGUGGCUCUACCAGGAGAACUUGCUUACAAUCAUUAUACUGUGUUCUUAUCACAUCACCUCAGAGUAUCUUUACCAAAGACUUUUAAAGUAAAUCUCUUUUUAAUAUAGACUUAUAAUUUUAUAAGAAGGAAUGUGCACAUACACAGAAAUAUUUAGACUUAGAUGUUUUCCUUUCACAAGAUCUAAUAAGGAAAGGAUCCUACCAUAUUUUACUCUAGGAUUUCCUAAGUAUAUGAUUUAUAUUUCUCUUUUUUCUUUUUCUGUAAAUCCUUUGAUUUACAUAAAGAAAAGUCACCCUUUUUCUGUGUUAUAUACCUGAAAUAUUGCCUAUAACAGAGUUAUAAAGAUCAUAUUAACUUGAUGAUACUCAUUUUCUUUUGAUAUAUUAUCUUGAUUGUUAUCCUUUUAAUACAUGAAUAGUAUAAAAGAAUAGAGUCUAUAGCACAAAGUUUGUAAGAAAAUAUACCAUAUUUUUUAAGUAUCAAAAGCACAAAUAUCUGCUAUUUUUGUGUAAUAUGAGAGACAUAAAAAAGAAAAGGCAAAAUGCUCUGCCAUGGCUCCUCAGACUAUUUCAUAAUAAGAUGAUUGUCAAUUGUUUUUGCAGUGCUCAGAAAUGAACCCAGAACUUCACACAUGUUAGGCAAAAUGUUCUGCCACUGAGCCCCAAAGUAUGAAUUUUUGAAUGUUUGGAUCUUCAGCUCCUACUGACUCAAUGUGGAGUCUGGUUGACAAACAAAAUUGUCUUUAAAACUAAAAAAUAAAUCAUGCAUCCCAGUAUAAGGAAUCCAAGAUAUGAGAUGCCAACAUCUUUGCAGCUCAACGAUGAGGGUUCCUUUCCCUAUUCUCGACACACUGGUGUUUCUGAAGGAGCAAAUUCCCUGAUCCAAACUUCCUCAUGGGGUGUAUACUGAUUAACAAAUAGAUAUAAUGAUUUCCUAUAAGAGAUUCUGCAAAUGCUCGUGCUGGUAUUCAAAGAAGGUAACCCUAGCCAUAUACCUUAAAGAAGUAUAUUACAUUUGUGUCCAGAGGAAGAAGAGAGUGCUUUUUUAAUGAGGCUGGAGUAGAUAGGUAGUAGAAGAUAAACAGGACUCUGAAAAUGCAACUGCCAUCCAUGUUCCUAGUUAGCAAAAAUUUAAAAAAUUAAAAA